GCUGCCCGCUGCUGCUCCGUGUCCGCACCUCCGAGCUGGCGCGCCUCCGUCUGUCGGACUCCCGUGCGGAGUCUUACUGAUCCGCGGACGAUGCGGCUCCUCGCGCUCUCCUCUCUGCUCCUGCUGCUCCUCGGCUCAGGGCUGGCUCUGCAGAUCCAGUGUUACCAGUGUGAGAUGACGCACGACUGCUCCACGCCAGAGUUCAUCGUCAACUGCACCGUGAACGUGCAGGACAUGUGCCAGAAGGAGGUCCUGGUGAAGGAGGACGGUGUGCACUACCGAAAGUCCUGUGCCUCAUCUGGAGCUUGUCUUAUCGCCUCUUCUGGUUACCAGCAGUUCUGCACCGGGAAGCUCAACUCGGUCUGCAUCAGCUGCUGUAACACACCGCUGUGUAACGGACCACGCCAGAAGAAGCGACCCCAGCCAUCUGCUGCCAUCACUCUUAACACGCCACGGCUUCCUGUGCUUUCCUUCAACAUCAUCAUCCUACUUUCCUCUAUCCUGUGCUGACAGAACUUUCCUAAGAUGUGCGUUGAAACAAACUGAAACUGUACAAGCUCUGCCCUACAUGCUUUGAAAUGUAUACAAGAGAAGGCUUUUUACAGCAUUUGUUCUUGAGUCCCGGCUUUCUGUUGCAACAAAAACGACACAAUAGUGAACAAAGUUAUCGCCAUGUGUCAUGUUGUGAAUAUGGGUAAGAUGUGGUGGAUAAAACGGCUUCCAGCAGAGGGUUCAUGAACGUCUGCAAGGUGGAAAAAGGCAAACAGCAAAGAUAGCAUGUGUAAUUUCCAGAAUAAAUCUCUUAUUUCUGCUCUAUGCUCUAUGAAUAGGAAAAAACAAGUUUUGCAGUGUAUUCACCAACUGAAACAAAACAUGUAUGACAUCUCCCAAAUGAACAUGACUUAUUUAACCUCUUGGCAACUACCAUGUUGUUAACAAACCACUUAGAGGUGCGAUUAGAAUUGGGUUGGAGAAGAGGCUGUUACCUUUAAAAUCAGUUCUUUUUAUGGGGUUUUUGCCUUUAUGUUCUGUUAAUUUGGUAUAAUUUGAACUAAACAGGUUCUGAUUCCACAUAAAGUUCACUAGUGACCUUUUGGCAUUGAGAGGCUAUUGGUAAAUUAAAUGAUAAACAAAUAUAAAAUAAUAGAAAAACAUUUUUUUAAUUUUAACAACCAUUUCAGCCUCUUAGCAGGUGUUUUACAGUGUUUGGCCAAACAGAAAUUUGAUAAACACCUUUGAAGAAGGCACAAAUUUGCCGUGGCAUCAUUUCAAUUAACAGUUAUUUCCUUCCGGAUUUUCAUUAAUCAUUUUUCCAAGAUCUUGUAUUGAUGAUGGCAGAAUCACUAAAGUACUCUCCAGCAUAUCCCAAAGAUUCUCAGUGGUUUAAGAUCUGGAUUCUGUAGUGGUCAAUCCAUCUGCGAAAAUGAUGUCUCAUACUCCCUGAACCACUCGUUAAUUUCCUUAAGCCUACACAGCUCUUUGGUCCUACUCCCUUGAGUACUUUGGGGGUGGAAUGCUCUGACUUCACAGAACAUUUACCUGAUUGCUGAUCAUGAUCUUUUCCAGCCACAUUUCUUCAUUGGAGAUGACGGUUCACCACUGUCCUCUAAGGUUUUGUUUUGUUUGUUGUUGGGUUGUUGUUUUUUAACACAUUGGACAAUACUUAGCUUAUUUGACUCUUAUACUUAGCAUUUGACCCUUUUGAAACUGAGUAACAUUAUUUCCACAACCACAAGAUCUGUCCCCAGAUGAGGUUGGUUAAGAAAACAGAAGCUACUGGCUCCAGUUAGGGUUGUAACUGUAACUGUUGCUGUACUAAUUUUCCUAUUUGCUUAGUCAAGUGGCUUUUUGUUGGCCAGGUAAAAUAAGACCAUUAUGCAGUAAGUAUGUAGUAAUAAGGGUUGCUGAACUUGUGACUGACCAGGACAAUAAGAAUAAGACUUCAAAGUGCUGGAGAGGUCAUAUAAAUCUUCUCAACACAGCAAGCCUUGACUCCGCUUAUGUCAUGGUCCCCGUGCCUGCUCGGCUGGCCCUGUGUGGCUACAUGUUAUGUUUUGUCUUUUCUCUCUGUCCUCUCU